UCACCACAGGCAUCAGGUCAUUUGGCUCGACAGCGGGCACCGCGUCAUCUGGCAAGGCUCAGUGGGCUCCGAGUCAACAGGCACGACAGUGGGCACCGGGUCAUCAGGUACCGGAUUGUCUGGCUUGACAGCGGGCACCGGGUCACCAGGUAUGACAGCGGGCACUGGGUCACCAGGCAUCAGGUUCAUUUGGCUCGCCAGCGGGCACCGCGUCUCUGGCAAGGCAGUGGGCACCGAAGUCACCAGGUACGACAGCGGGCUCUGAGUCAAUUGGCACGACAGCGAGGCACCGGAUCAGGUACGGAUCAUCUGGAUCAACAGCGGGGCAUCGAGUCAACUGGACCUUUUAAGGAUAGUCAGGCUGGAUCAGUUCAUCAUGCUGGGUAGAUGGCAUCAGGCUGAAUGCCGGCGUACGGCUGAGUAGAGGCUCAGGCCGAGUAGAGGCUUCAGGCCGAGUAGAGGCUUCAGGCCGAGUAGAGGCAUUCAGGCCGAG